CACCGCCAGGGCGGAAGUAACGCGCGGCGUGUGGGCGGGGCUCGGCAACAUGUCGGCGGCGUUGCUGCGGCGGGGUCUGGAGCUCCUGGCGGCCUCAGAGGCCUCUCGUGCCGCCCGCGGCCAGGCCAAGGCGAACGGGGCUCCGAUGAAGCGGACCCGGAGGGCCAGGGCGAAGGCCUCCCAGGCCCUUAAACUCCGGAACUCAGCGAAGGGAAAGGUGCCCAAGUCCGCUUUAGCCGAGUACCAGAAACGACAGAGUCGAGACCACCUCAAAGCAAACCUGAAGUUUAUGACCAGCGUGAGAAGCACCGUGCCAGAGUCUGUGACCCAGCAGAUUCUGCAGCAGAACCAGGGCCGUAAAGCUUGUGAUCGGAUAGUGGCCAAGACGACAAAGAAGAAGAAGAAGGCUGAGGGCACUGUGUUCACUGAAGAAGACUUCCAGAAGUUCCAGAGGGAAUAUUUCGGCAGCUAGGCUUCCUGAAGGAAUGGUGGGGACAGAAAGCACUAACGUCCUUUGACUGCCAUAUCUCUGCUGUCUCUGUGGCUGUGCAGUGCUGUGACAUGGGCGACCAGCAGGUGGCAGUGCAAUCCUGCCUGACUCAGGAAGCCCUAGAGCUGGUAUCCCAGGGACACUGGACUAGAGCUGCAAGCCCUGAGGCAGAUUUGCACUCAGAUUGAAGUGGAUUUCUGCCAUGUAUACCCUGCCAGAAAAGAUUCUGACCUGAUAUCUUUGACCAGGACAGGACCCUGGGGUUAUUUGCUGUGAAAUAGGGCCAGGUGUGUGGCCCUCUCAGACCAUACCUCCAAGAACUUCAAGUUGGCUGUUGAGUUCAAGUAAAUGGAUUUGAACAAA